AUGAUGCACUCGCUAUCCACAUUGACGCUGCUGUCGGCUGCUGGCCUGGCCUCGGCGGCGUCCGUCUUUUCACUCGACAACGAUGCCGCGAUUCGAAAGUCGGCCGGCCAACUGGCCUGGGACAUGCUACAGUACUAUCACGGCAACGAAUCCGGAGGCACGCCCGGCAUCCUCCCCGGGCCGCCGCCCGCAGGCGACUACUACUGGUGGGAGGGCGGCGCAAUGUGGGGGACCUUGAUCGACUAUUGGGCCUGGACGGGAGACUCGUCGUACAAUGAUGAGAUUAUUCAGGCGAUGCAGUUCCAGAUCGGCGAGGGGCAGGACUACAUGCCGCGCAACGUCACCGCGUCGCUCGGAAACGACGACCAGGCGUUCUGGGGCAUGGCCGCCAUGUCGGCGGCGGAGAACAAGUUUCCGGAUCCCCCGUCCGAUCGGCCAGGAUGGUUGGGCCUGGCGCAGGCCGUCUUCAACACACAGGCGAGCCCGGACCGACACGACGACACGUGCGGCGGUGGACUGCGAUGGCAGAUUCCCUUUUCCAACAACGGCUACGGCUACAAGAACAGCAUCGCCAAUGGAUGCUUUUUCAACAUGGGCGCCCGCCUGUAUCGAUACACGGAUAACGAAACCUACUCGAAAUGGGCGGACACGACUUGGGACUGGGUAGAGAAGAUCGGACUUAUCGACGCCAAGACGUAUGCGAUUUACGACGGAGGAAACGUCGAGCACGACUGCAAGGACAUCAACAAGGUCCAGUACUCGUACAACAACGCCAUAUUCGCCCAGGGCGCGGCGUUCAUGUACAACCACACCGAAGACCAAAAGUGGAAGGACCGCCUCGACAAGCUCAUCACCUACGGCCUCGAGACGUUCUUCCCCAAGGACAUCGCGACGGAAAUCUCAUGCGAGCCAGGCAACGGAUGCAAGACGGACAUGUUCACGUACAAGGGCUUCGUGCACCGGUGGUACGCGCAAAUCACGCAGCUGGCGCCCUUCACGGCGGAGCGCAUCCUCCCCGUGCUCAAGACGUCCGCCGCGGCAGCCGUGUCGCAGUGCACGGGGGGCGACACGGGGCGCGCAUGCGGGCUGCACUGGGGCGACCACAAGUACGACGGGAAGACGGGCGCGGGCCAGCAGAUGAGCGCGCUCGCCGCCGUGCAGAGCCUGCUCAUCGGGCACGCGAAGCCGCCCACCACGAGCAAGACGGGCGGCACGAGCAAGGGCAACCCCGGCGGCGGUAGCGGCGACGGCAAGAUCGAGAAGGAGGCAAAGCCCGUGACCACGGGAGACAAGGUCGGCGCAAGCAUUGCGACGAUUUUGCUGCUGGGCCUGGCGUGUGGCAUGUUUGGCUGGAUGAGCAUCGAGCUGGAUGGGUCCACCUAG